AUGAUUAAUAAAACCGAGAAGGAAGCUCAGAAAAUAGGUCCUAUCAAUUGCGAUCGGAAAUCUUUAAUUGGAAAAUUGAAGAGAGCAAAAGGUAUUUCGUGUCCUGCAAGAGCUUUUCGAUUUUCUUUGAGUGAAGACACGUAUAGGACUAUUGCAAAUGAAGCUCAACGCUAUGAAAUGAGCAUUCGAUGUGCAGCAAAACAUAAAAAUAUUGAUCUCGUUAAAUAUUACUUGGAUAUUUUGAAAGUAUUAAAGGACUUGACAAAGGAAGGCUUCGUCCAAGACGCAUAUGAAAAGUCUGUACGAUUUAUAAACGAGAAUAUUGAUGAGUAUUGCUCAGAAAUAAUGAAAAAAAUUAAUCGUGCUUUCGAAAGUCAAGAUGGAUUGAGAGAGGACGAUAUUCGGGAAUACAAAAAUGCUGUUGAAUAUAUUCAAGCCAUUCACAAACAAUUAGGAGAACAUCUACAAUCGGGCUUAGUAUCGUCUGCAGCACUUCUUCAAAACAUCCAUAUUAAACUUUGGGAAAGACGCCAUGAUCUGGAAGGAAAUGAUAUAUAUUGUCCUUCAGUAGAAAUAUUUUUACUUAACAUUUAUAUGCUAAAAGCCGCGUUUGAAGAACUUGAACUAGAUUACUGUAAAAGCUGUAAAGAUUUCAACGACCGGUUUGACGUAUUAGUGAAAUCUGCUCACGAUUUUAUAUUAACCAAUGAAUUCAACGAGGUUGCAGAAAUUAUUCUCGCAAUAUAUAAAUCAUCACGUGUUCUCAAAGCUCAUUUGAGUGAGAAAAUGGAAGAUAAGUAUCGAGACACGUUUGUACUACUGUUGAAUCAUUUGAAUAAUUUCAGCGAAAAAGCAGAACCGAUCUUAGACAAGGUUCGAUUAAAUGAUAACGAUGUAAAAACUCUCAAUGAAUAUAUAGACAUAUUGAGAUCAGCUAAAGAAACGUCAACCCUUCAGGAUCGCUUUUUAACUUACGAAGAAAUGCUAAAAAAUGGACCUGGUACUUUGUCUGAUAAUUUCAAGAAUUUGAACCAAAUUUACAAUGAUUUCAUCGAAAAAAUUGUCAAAUAUUUUGAUCAGAUUAACAUAAGAAUUAAAGAGCUUUUUGAGAAAAACGGUGACUACGCUUUAGAACAAAUCGAAAAAUUGGUCAGUGAUAUGGACACUAUUCGUAAAAUACCAGAAAUUGAAGCAAAAACUUCUGGAACGUAUUAUCGCACUGUCGAAAAUGUACGUGGAUAUAUGCAACACUUGCAAAAGGAUGCCGAGCAGCUGCUUGCUGACAUGGACAAAAAGUCAGGUAGCACCAAUUAUUCACAUCUUGCACGAUCAUCGUCACGAUUAAAAAAUGCGGAAUGGAUCAAUCGUGUCAGUCCAGGAGCGUAUGAGACUUUGAUGCGUUGCAUUAGAGAAGAUUUAAUUGGAAAUGCGCAAAAAUUGGAAGAGCAGUUGCAGAGACUGGAUUUUCAUUUGAGACAUCCUGAAAAUGUAGCGCUUGCACAGGAUAUUAUUGAGAAAGUCGAGUCUAUGCAAAUUUUGGACGGUAGCGUUCCAGAUCUUGAGAAGUACAGGGAUAGGAUUCUAGAUUGGUUUCGUAAAAUUGCACAAGAAGCAUUCGAUAGUAUCCAAAAGACUUUUAAUCUGCAAGACAGAGAUGUUUAUACUUUAAAACAACAGCUCAAAGAACUUCAAAAUAUUAGAAGCGAAUACAAAAGUUUGCAUCCAGCUCAAAAAUAUUUACAAGAACAAGAGUAUUCGAACAUAGAUCAACUAAAUAGUGAGAUUGAAGACGUUACCAAAAAGCUCAAGGCAGACAAUGAUAAGGAACAGGUUAUGAAAAUUAACAAGAAAGAAGAGAUAAAUAAAUUGCAGGUUAUUAUUCAGCGAUACAUGUCGAUUACAGAGAAAAACUCAGAUAAAAGUAGAGCGAAAAAAGCCGUGGCCAAAGUAGCAGCGGUUUUUCAGAAAGGGAACGUUGAGGAAAAUAGUUAUUUAAAGGAGCAGGGCUUUCUGAAAAUAGAUGAUGUAUAUGAAGCUAAAUUGAACAUAGAAAAAGAUUAUGACAAGAAGUUACAACUGAUUCAACAGAGCUGUCAAGCAUUCAGUGAUACAUUAAGUCGCCUUGAAAACAUAAGAGAACAAUAUAAAUUAUUCUUAUUAGUAAGGAGUGAUUCUGUUUCUUCUGAAGGAACGAAAUAUCUUCAAGAGAAACAGCAAAGAAGUAUUGAAUCAUUGAACGCGAAAAUUGAAGAGAAGAAGAAAAGUAUUUCUGAACGUGAGAAAAAUAGGCAAGCAUAUGAAUUUAGCGGUAGAUUUAAUGGUUCUGUCGCAAAUAAUGCAUUACUGUAUAUAAUUCAAUGCGAAAAAGUAGGAGAUUCCCGGGUUAAAGAGAUCGCAACUGAAACUAAUGAGAUCUUGCAAAAAUAUAUAAGUGAAUAUGGCUGCUUCUUGAACCAAGAAAUAACUAGACUAUAUCAGAGUGCAAGUGAUAGUGAUGUUGAAGGAGGUCCUCUUCAGUAUUCUCAUGAAUUAUACAUGCGUUUAGAAGAAUUAUCUUCACUUAGUAGAUUUGAUGAAGUUUACAAAUACAUUAACGGAGUCGAGAAAAUUGAACACUGGAAGCGAGAAUUUCUUGAUCGUUAUCGUACUUUGAGUGGUAAGAUGGAAGAAUAUAAAGACGACAACGGAAACUUGAGAAAGCAAUUAAACAUCGUGCAAACAUUGAGCUGCUUGGAUGAAUUUUGUGGUAAUACUAGAUUUAAAGACUUAUACACGAAGUAUCACGUAGACAUGGGUAAGGAUGUUAGAGAUGCUUACAGGAAUGUGUUAAACUACGUAUCAGAGUGGGACUAUGCAAAUGCAAGUAUCUGGCUAUCUGAGAUUGAUGGCAAACCUUUAAAUCAGAAAGCUAUAGCGCAGAUUCAGCACGCAUUACAGAGUUCGCUAACUAAGUUGAUGAAAGAUACGAAAUGUAUGGCGCAUUGGCUACAUGGGAAAAUCGAAAAAGAGGAAGAUAAUAGGGAGGAAAUAAAGAGAAUCAAAGAUAAUAUUGAGAAAAUUCAAAUGGCAUUGUCUAGAAGCAACAUUGUAGAUUUGCUCGAAGUAAAAACUAAAAGUGAUCUUAACAACUUUGACGCCGAUAUCAAUGAAAUUUUAUCGGAAAUUAUUUUAAAAGGACUUUGUUCUAUUGAAAAACUUAUGGUUACUGAUCACUUUGCUGAGGCUGAACAAGGCAUGAAAAAUAUUAGUCAUGUUCAGCGUGAACUGAUAGGCUAUUUUACAUCGGAUCGUGUUGAUAAAAAAACAACAGAACUAAGAGAAAAAUUGGUUAGCUUAGUUGAUCAAAUUUUGGUUCGGUAUCACUUUACAAAUAUUGAAGACUACUUUGUGAACCCAUCUAAAGAUCUUUUAGCUAGAUUAAAAACAGUUUCCUCCCAUAAUACAAAAUAUCAACCAGCUUACACUACUUUGUUGGGAAAACUUAAGCAAGAUUUUAGCCAGGCAAUAGAAGAAGCCGGAAGGGUUCCUAUGAAGCAACGUUCUGCAAAGCUACGUCCCAUAAAUCAUGCGUUAUGCUUUAUACCAGACGAGUUACAAGCGCCAUUCAAAGCGCAUAUAGAGGAAAUGACUACGAAAAUCAGAAAUGAAGAACAAGACUAUAAGCGUGAGUUAGACAGUUCUCUCAACUGUUCAGAUGAACACGAUCACGCCAUUACAAGAAUAGGAGCACUUGCCAAGAGAUUUCAGGAAAAAGAGCUGGAUGAGUUUUUUGAAAAAAUGAAUGACGACAUUUUUAAAAGGUUGCAAACGUUUAGAACAAACUUGCAGACGUCUUUAGAUGAGAACGAUAUGCAAUCUGCUCUUGCUAUCAUGGACAAAAUUAUCAAAUAUAAAGAAUCGGCAUCUAGUUACAUUCCAGGAAUACAACUGAUCUAUGACACUGCUCGUAAAUCAAUCAUAAAAAAUUUCGAAAAUUGCACAAAAAUCCUAGCUGAGAUAUCAAAGAUUGAGAAACCAGAGAUUGCUGAAAAAGCGCUCAGCAAUACCAUAGCUUGCGUCGAUCUUUUUGGUAAAUUAGGCACAACUGACAAAGAAUUCUUACCCGUAACUGCUGUACAUAACUGUAGAAAAGAUCUUAAAAGAAUGAUGGGCUAUUUGCAGGAUAAUUCUGAAAAAUAUCGCCACGCUAUUGAAACAAUGACCAUCGAUGAUUUAUAUAUAUCUAUGACAAUAUCGAAGCGAUGGCAGAAACUUUUGUACCAGGUUAAGGGCUGCGAUACUAACGAUGGUGUACUGAAAAGUUUGAUCCCAGACGUUCGAAAUGUAGCCAUACAUACCGAUAUGAUUUCUGAAGUUACAACGAAAAUAAGUUGUUUAAAGGCUAAACUAAAUGUUGAACUUAUUAGUGAUGAAACUACCAAAUUUGAAACCAAACGUGAAGAAUUUUUCAGUCAAAUUAAGAAGUCAAUUAGUAAACUAAAAGAAAUCGAUGCUAAACUUCAAGAUGUUCUACCAACUCCGGUCAAUGCAAAGGAGUCAGAAGAGAAUCUCAUAGCGAAAGCUAAGAAAAUUUGCAAACAGCUUCUUGAUACUGCAUCAAAACCCGAACUUAAUCAAGUAGAAUGUGAUCAUUUUCGCAAGUAUUACGAGCAUCUUCUAGCAUUCGAUAGACAUUUGAGUCUUCCAGAUGUAGAGACUCACUCAACUGUAGACACAUACAAGGCAAAAGUGUUCGAAAAAGUAACAUUGGUUUGUAAAGAAUUUGCGAAUUCUGGCAAAGAUCUGGAAAAAGCCGCUGAACUGUUAGUUGUAGUAAAAUCAUUUGCUGCAAAUCUACCGAUGUUUGAUAGUCAAAUCAAUACAGACAUAGAUGAAGCACUAAAAAAGUCGAAAGAAAAACAUGGCCCCAAACAUAUCACUGAUUUGAGUAUGACAUUAGAGAGAACAGAUACUGGUCAGCGGAUAAUGUCUGAGCAUACUAUUUUUAAAGGAGAAGAUUGGCGAAAGCGUCGUGAAAAAAUGCAAAAGCAGGAUGACCUAGAAUAUAUAUUAGAGCGUUUAGAAGGAGACGAUCUUGAUAAAGAUACGCUGACAGAACUGUUUAAGAUGUUUAAGAAGAAAUAUGAAGAUCUUUUAUCCGUAAUUAUGAAAUCCUCUGACCCAAAGAGUCAGGUCGAUUCAUUGCACACAUUAAUUUCAACUACUAAAUGUUUGGUUGACAAAGAAGCACCAAAGUCCACAUCCCUUCCAUUAAAUGAAACAUUCAUGGAGAAAAUUCCUCAGUUACUCGCGCAUAUUUUUGCAAUCUGGACAUUGCAAAAUACUGAACACUAUAAUGCGAUACGCGGCAUCGAGUCUAGCGAAGCUUAUCUGUUAAAGCCGCAUGUUGCACAGGUUAUUUCUAUAUUUCGUAUUCUCGGUAUAGGUUAUCAAACUGGUGAAAGUGCUAGAAGUUUAUUUAAUAAUUUAGUGCAGGUAGGAACGAGAGAAGGUAAAUCAAUGAUCACGGCAGCUAUUGCCUGCAGUUUUGCUCUGAUCGGAGUUGAUGUAAAUUGUUCCUGUUAUAGUGAUAUUCUAAGCACUCGCGAUAAAGAGGCGUUUGCUUCAUUAUUUGGAGCACUUGGAAUACAAGAACAUAUCGAAUAUGGUACUUUUAACAAAUUAUGCGAAAAUCUUUUGAAUGAACAAUGCGAUGUACGAGAGAAGGUGCGUGAUAUGAUCCUGAAAAACAGAAAUGCUUUAGAGAUAAUGGCAGAGACCAAACGUAUACGUCAAAAAGUAUUGUUGAUUGAUGAAGUUGACGUUUUUCUAAGUGAGGAAUACUAUGGUGGGCUCUAUACGCCUGUAUUAUAUCUAAAACAUCCUGUAAUAAAAACAUUAUUAGAUACAAUCUGGACGAAUAGGACUAUACGAACCUUAAAUGGUAUCAAAUCCAUGCCGGCGUAUGCUACAUGUGCUUCUCAUUUCAGUAACUGGACUUUUCUUCUGGAUGAGGCUAUCAAGGACAUGAUAGCUUCUUUACAAUCUUUUCAGUCAUCGACUUAUCUUGUACAAAAUGAUAGAAUUGUCUAUGUCGAAGGUGAACCUAUAGCAGAGAACGUCGUUCGUGGCUAUGAUACGAUUUGGACGUAUUAUCAUGAAAAUAAAAAUGGUAAAAUUAGUGCGAGCAGUUUAGAAACUAAUGUCGGCAUUAUAGUCAACUGUGGAGCCUUCUCCUAUGCUGAAAUGCCUCAUGGUUUUGCCUAUAUCACCGGUGUAACUGGUACUUUGAAGACAUUGGCUAAGGCAGAAAAAGAAAUACUUGAAAGGGUGUAUGAGGUGAAAAAAAGUACAUAUAUGCCAUCAGUAUUCGGAGAAUGCAGACGCAACUACAAUUGUGCAAGCGAUGUACGUGUCGUGAAGGAAACAGAGUAUUUCAUGGAAAUUCGUGGAGAAAUCGACGUGUUUUGCCGUGCAAAGCGUGCGAUUCUUGUAUUUUUUGAAUCUGAAGAUAAGCUGAUGAAAUUUUAUCAUUCUUCUGAGUUAUCAUCAAUUAAAGAGAGCGUUCAAAUAAUAACGGAGAAAGUAUCUGUAAAGGACCGAGAACUUUAUAUUAAGCGUGCAGCGACCAUCGGAAAAGUGACACUAUUGACACGAACCUUUGGCCGAGGAACUGACUUUAUAUGCAAUAGUCAACAGUUCUUAGCUAAUGGAGGUCUUCAUGUACUUCAAAAAUUCUUCUCGUAA